ACUUUUCUUGAACCUACUUUAAAAAAUGAUGAUAACAUCCAAUAUUACCACAACAUGCGUAAUGAAAUAUGAGAACUGUAACAGAUGAAAAUCUGACAGGUGCAAUUAGUAAAAUAUAAAGGAGGAGGUGAACUCAAACCGUCAAUUAAACAUUCUACAUUCAGACAUCCUAAUUCUUUGACUUGUUAGGAAGGUUGGGAACAACAUGAAAGCCAUUUUACCUUAACAAUGAAGGGAGAUUUAUUACUAUUUAAUUUCAUUUCAGUGACAAACUGACUUGUACAAAAUCUAGCCCAUAGGACACGAGUGCAAUCCUGGCCACGCCUUGGCAUUACUGGUUUGCAGCAUUAUUUAUUUCCCUAUCCUUUUCUGAAACCCAUUCAACAUGAAAUGGAACAAUAGCACCUCUGGCAAGAAUCCUCCUGUAUACACAAUGAAAAAAUGUUUUUGAGCUUUGUAAAUGAUAACACACACUUCUUUUUCACAGCAACUCAAGGGCAGGAGUUAGCUUGGCCAAAGCUCGCAGGACAUAAAAAUGACUUUAGUUUUUAGAACUGUGGCACAAUUAGCUGGGAUUUCAUUAUCUCUGCUGGGAUGGCUUUUAUCCUGUCUUACAAACUACCUGCCACAUUGGAAGAACCUCAACCUGGACUUAAACGAAAUGGAAAACUGGACCAUGGGACUCUGGCAAACCUGCGUCACCCAGGAGGAAGUGGGGACGCAAUGCAAGGACUUCGACUCCUUCCUGGCUUUGCCCGCUGAACUCAGGAUCUCCAGGAUUUUAAUGUUUCUGUCCAACGGGAUGGGAUUGCUGGGACUGCUGGUCUCUGGAUUUGGCCUGGACUGUCUGAAGAUUGGGGAGAGACUGCAAGACCACAAGAAGCAACUGCUAGUCCUGGGAGGAAUCCUGUCCUGGACCUCGGGGAUCACAGUCCUGGCUCCCAUCUCCUGGGUCGCCCACACGAUGGUCCGGGAGUUCUGGGAUGAGACCAUCCCAGAGAUUGUCCCCAGGUGGGAGUUUGGGGAAGCCCUCUUUCUGGGCUGGUUUGCUGGCUUUUCCCUGGUACUAGGAGGGUGUCUGCUCAACUGUGCAGCCUGCUUCACCCGCGCUCCUCUGGCUCCGGGCCACUACACAGUGGCGGAGACGCGAGAGCCUCAACAACUGGAGAUGAAGGGCACCUCCCCGAAAACCUAA